UGCAACACCGGCCCCGUCCAGUGCUGCAACCAAGUGCAGAGCGCCGGUGCCCCUGGCGUGACUGACCUCCUGGGUCUCCUCGGCAUCGUGGUCGAUGGCGUCGACGCCAUGGUUGGGUUGAACUGCAACCCCAUUAGCGUCAUUGGUGCGGGCGGCGGAGCUUCUUGCUCUGCUCAGCCCGUCUGCUGCGAGGACAACUCGCACUCUCUCAUUUCCCUCGGCUGCUUGCCCAUCACCCUCUAA